AUGCCGCACUCUCCACCUACAAAGACAUCCCCAGUCUUCAUCCCGGCCUGCGCCAUCAAGUCCCAACCCCUUGAGUCCUUCCCAAACACAUCCAACGGCAUCGUCAGUUGGAAGACUCCACUCUCCUCCGAUCUCACGCCCUCAGACUCCCUUACAGCUGGAAUCGCGACUUGCCCAGCAGACUCUGGCUACCUGGCCCAUCACCGCCACGAGCAAGCGGAAAUGUACCUAAUCCUCAAGGGCGAAGGGCUUGUGAGAGUUGACGGGGACGAGAGAAGGGUAGAGAAAGGGGAUGCAGUGUUCAUACCCGGCAAUGCUGAGCACGGGAUCCGGAACGUCGGGCAAGGGGAUUUGGAGUGGUUCUAUUGCUUUGCGGCGGACAAGUUUGGGGAUGUGGGUUAUAGAUUUUCUGGCUCUGUCGAGAAGGCGAAGCUGUGA